AGUCUGACUUGUUUGUAAACUCAGUCGCCCCGCACACCGCGCGAACGUAACACAUCAUAAUGGUGAAGGCACGGAAAUACGUCGUCAAAAAACACUUCGAAGGUUUACCAAAACGUGAAGAUUUCGAAAUAGUGGAAUACGAGCUACCACCAAUCAAGAAUGGAGAGAUUCUUGUCAAAGUUGAGUGGGUGAGUGUGGAUCCAUACAUGCGUGCCUACAAUUCACGAUACCCCACACCGUACGACCAGUUUGGUUUCCAAGUCGGCUUGGUAGAAGAUUCCAAGGACCCCAGAUAUCCAGUUGGGACCAGAGUCGUCUCCCACAAAGGAUGGUGUGACUAUACUAUCAUUGAUCCCAACGACAAAAAUCCUGCUGCCGGGCAAGUGUAUAAGUUGCCGAACUUAAACGGUUUGUCGAAUUCAUUGGGAGUUGGCGCCGUGGGUAUGCCUGGUGCCACCGCUUACUUUGGAUUUUUGGAAAUUUGUCAGCCCAAAGCAGGUGAGACAGUGGUUGUGACGGGCGCUGCUGGAGCGGUCGGCUCGCUGGUCGGACAGAUUGCUAAGAUCAAGGGCUGCAAGGUCAUCGGCUUCGCUGGCUCUGACGAUAAGGUGCAGUGGCUGGAGGAGAUCGGAUUCGACAAGGCGAUCAACUACAAGACUGCUGACGUCUCCGCGGCGCUCAAAGAAGCUGCUCCCAAGGGAGUCGAUUGCUACUUCGACAAUGUUGGCGGUGAGCUCAGCAGUAUCAUUAUCAACCAGAUGAAUGACUUCGGCAGGGUAUCAGUUUGUGGCAGCAUCAGUUCAUACAACGCGGAUCCUGCUAACGUGCCCAAGGCACCUAUCCUACAACCUGCUUUAGUGUUCAAACAAUUGAAAAUCGAAGGGUUCCUUGUGUGGCGUUGGAUGAACCGCCAGUCGGAGGCACAUACACAACUUAUCAAGUGGAUACAAAGUGGUCAGCUGAAGCCCAGGGAACACAUCACUGAAGGUUUCGAAAACAUCUUCGAUGCUUUUCUGGGAAUAUUGAACGGGGAAAAUGUUGGAAAGGCUGUUGUUAAAUUAUAAGUUUUUUUAUAAAUUCUACUCAUGUUGAUCCAAUGUGUUGAUCAGUGACAUUAAAGAUCAUGUUUUAUGUUGUG